ACUUGCCAAAAGCCACAAGUAUUUCAAUAAUUUUUAUAGCGAGCGCGUUUUUCCUGUCAAGUUUCGAACUGUGAAAAGUAAUAAACCCACAACAUGACAUAACCUUAGUAAAAAAUAGGCCUUCUUGAUUGGUUUUUAUAUAAUGUUUUCUUAAAAUUUGACUUUAAAAACGUCAUUAAAUUUUAGACAAAUUUUCCAAAAAUUCUGUUAAAAUGUCCAUCUUACUAACUAAAGGUAAAACUUUACCAAAAUUGGCUAAAUCCCUAGCGCAAAAUCAAGGCAAACAGUUGUACCCCAUUGUUGUAUUCCGCACUUACUACACAGUGAAGCGAAAAAUCGAACGCGAUGAAAAUUUCCUGUCAAAGCAUCUGUAUAAUAAAAUCAAAGCCAAGGGCCCCAUUACUGUAGCUGACUACAUGAGAGACGUUCUCCAAAAUCCAAGCAAAGGCUACUACAUGUGCAAAGACAUGUUUGGAGAAAUGGGCGAUUUUAUCACGUCUCCUGAAAUUUCUCAGAUUUUCGGAGAAAUGUUAGCAGUGUGGUUCUUAAACGAGUGGAAUAAAAUAGGCUGCCCAAAACCAGUACAAAUAGUAGAAUUAGGGCCGGGUAGGGGCACUUUGAGUUCAGAUAUUUUGAAAGUCUUUAGUCACUUUAAGGCGCUACAUAAAGCUAGUCUUCAUUUGGUAGAAAUUAGUCCCGUGCUGAGUGAUGUGCAGAGUAAAACCCUGUGUGUUCAUAGCAACUUGACCAAGGACCCUAAAAGCUUUCACUAUAGGGCAGGAACGUCCCAUCAUGGAAUUCCCGUCUAUUGGCAUCAGCAGUUAAGAGACGUUCCCGAGGGAUUCACGCUUCUGUUAGCUCACGAAUUUUUCGACGCACUCCCUAUUCAUAAAUUCCACAAAACCUAUGCCGGCUACAAAGAGGUGUUAAUUGAUUUGGAAAGCACCAAAGCCAACGAGGAAAUUCGAUUUAGAUAUGUUCUUGCGCGUCAGGAUACUCCAAUGCUGAAAGUACUUUUGAAGCCAACAGAAACCAGGGAUCAUGUAGAAAUAUCCCCAGAUGGCAUGGUAAUAUACGAGCAAAUAUGCAAACGGUUAAUAUCGAAUGGUGGAAUAGCGCUGAUCUGCGAUUAUGGACACAAUGGUGCAGGCACAGACACUUUUAGAGCAUUUAAAAAACACAAACAGGUUGAUCCGUUACUGCAUCCAGGUACCGCCGAUCUUACCGCGGAUGUUGACUUUAACAUCAUUAAAGAGGUCGCUAACAACAAUGGAGAUGUAAUUUUUAUGGGACCUACAAAACAGCGCAGUUUUUUACACAGAAUCGGAAUAGAAUACCGGGUAAAUGCGUUAACGGCAAAUAUGCAGGACAAGAAGCAAAUAGACAAUUUGAAACAAUGUUACAACUUUUUAACUGACGAAUCGAAAAUGGGGGAACGGUUUAAGUUUUGUACGCUGCUCCCAUCCACUCUAAAGAAAAUCUUGGAUAAGUACCCAGUCGUGGGUUUCACUUGAAUACUAAACUGUAUUUAUUCUCGGUAACUACUUGCAUCUGUGAUACUUUUAAUAAAUUUCAUUAUGGCGAAAUAA